UCUUAUAGUUCUUAUACUAAGUCAUUUUAGAGUUGAAUAAAUUUUAAAUAUUGAUAUGACAAGGUAUAGACACCAAGUGAUACUUUACCUAGGAAGCUAAGAUUAAAUAAAAGCUAGAGCAAUCUUUCACCAGCCCCAAAUAAGUAUGAAGUGAGAAACUUAAAAGGGGAAAGGGUAAGGGCAAGAAAACCGUAUUUAUGGGAAAAGAAAUGUGUGGAUAAGGAAUGGGUGAGUAAGACGGAAUAACUGGUCAGGACCAGCCAUUUACAUUUGACAGUAGUACAGAAAGCUUACCAAUAUUAGUAUUAAACUAUUUUUAGGAGUAAAAAGUUAUAUAGGAAGGCUAUUAUGAGAUGCACACAACUUUUCCUCUUAAAAGUUAUUUGCCAUUAACUAUAUUUAAACUUUUUUCCUUUCAAGGUACAUGUCACCUGCUAAACUAGGAGAAGAUAUAGUUAUUACAGCACAUAUUCUGAAGCAAGGAAAAACACUUGCGUUUGCCUCUGUGGAUCUGACCAAUAAGGCCACGGGAAAAUUAAUAGCACAAGGCAGACACACAAAGCACCUGGGAAACUGAGAGAACAGCAACCCAACAAUGAAUAUCAAGUGUAAAUCUAACUUGAACAAAUGUAAUUUUCAAAAUAAAUUCGCACAACCAGAAAAAAAAAAAAAAA